AUGGUUACCCGAAAGCCCGUCUCCGGCGACGAGAGCUACGUCGACACCAACACCGCCCCCCACGUACAAGACAUGCGAAAGGAGCUAUGGAGUGCCACCGACUCUCCGUCCACCGACGCAGACAGUGUCUACGACCAUGACUUCCAGCAAAAGGGCGCCGCCGCCACCCUGAACCAGCAAACAAUACCCCAAGAUGUCCCCGAUUCGCUAAGGCCAGGCGGGGUUGCGGCACACGGCCCCCAGAUAAGCAAUGGCAUUAUGAACCAUGUUCAAGGCAGCCGGUCCCCAACUUCCGCCGGCGUGCCAACGGCCGACCCAGACAAUAUCCCGCUGGUAUUACGGCCGGGUCCAUCGCCAGCACGAUCUGAUACAAACCCCUUCAAGCGGAAGGAGGUCCGGGCAGACUCCAGCUCAACACCGCCGCCCACCAACAGUCCUCCAGCGAUGACCCCGCUGCAGCCUCUGUCGCAGAUGAGCACCGGCGAGAUGAGUAACAAUCCGUGGCAGCCAGCCCUCGACCAGCAUGCUCAACGAGCCACACCCGUUAGCCCACAGCAGUCUCCGCCCACCCGCGAUAGCGGAGACUCGGGGCGUAAUGCCGGGGCCGCUUCUCAAGGCCCCAACCUGCCCGCGAUACCAACGUCUCCAGCACUGCUGUCUCUGCCCUCGGAACCCGCCUCGCCGGCGUGGGACGACCUGCCGGAGAACGAGACAAAGAAGCCAGCAGAGGCGCCGAGGCCGGCCGAGGAUGACGUUGCCCAAGCCCAACAUGCGUGGGAUGACUCUGGUUCACAGAAAAAGGGCAAGGGGAAAGCCCCCGCCCCCGUAGUACCUCCUCCCAUUGCCGAGGACGCUCCCAUGGAUGAUUGGAACCUCAUUGAUGUUGAUCCGCCCGCUGGACCGCCGCCGGGAAGGUCGCAGGUACCUGAGCAGAACCACCAACCCUCUGAGCACUCUGCAGGCGCAACGGUACCUCCAGCUCUACCACCACGAAAUGACGAAGGUCAACUGCCCCGGCAGCCGCCACGCCCCGUCGACAGCAAGUCCGAGACCUACCAGAUCAAGAAUAUUGCCUGGUACGACCAUAGCACCGAAAAGAACCCGCGGAUCUCGCCCAUCCUCGUCCAGAAUGCCAACGGGCCCUGUCCGCUGCUGGCACUGGUCAACGCGCUUACGCUGACGACCCCGGCUACUCUGUCAGACACAGCACUUGUUCAGGUCCUGCGCUCCCGAGAACAGAUCAGCCUCGGGUACCUUCUGGACGCCGUUGUCGAUGAGCUCAUGAGGAGGACGCAAGAGUCGCUGCCGGACGUGUCUUUGCUUUAUGAAUUCCUCAAGGGGCUCCAUACGGGCAUGAACGUGAACCCGCGCUUCGUUCCGACUCCAGAGAUUGUCAAGGCCUUCAAGCGCACUUCGCUGACACACUUGCACCCGACGGAGCGCGACGACUUGAUCCCCGGGACGUUUGAAGAUACCAAUGAGAUGGCGCUGUACUCUGCCUUUGCCAUCCCGCUGAUACACGGAUGGCUGCCGUCCAAGGACGACCCGGCAUAUGCCGCUUUCGACCGCCAGGCUGCCUCGUUUGAGGACGUGCAGACGCUCCUCUUCCGGGACGAGGAGCUGCAGGAGAAGCUGGGCACGUUGACAGAGGAAGAAGAGGAGGUUUACUCUGAUAUCCAGGCGAUCAAGGAGUUUUUGGAAACCUCUGCGACGCAGCUGACACGGUCGGGUCUGGAUGUCAUUACGAAAGCCAUGAAGCCCGGGUCCUUUGCCAUCCUCUUCCGGAACGACCACUUUUCCACCCUCUAUCGGCACCCUACGACACAUGAGUUGCUUGUGCUCGUCACCGACGCGGGCUAUGCCACGCACGACGAGGUCGUUUGGGAAUCGCUGGCAGAUGUGAAUGGCGAGCGCACCGAAUACUACUCUGGUGACUUCCGCAUCGUGGGCGGCCAGGGCGAGCAGUCGCAGGGCAGCUCCCGCGGGCAACUGGGCGUCGGCAACAACACGGCAGAUGGACUCAGGGUCGACACUGGGAGGGGAAACGGAGGAGACUGGACGGCUGUGCAGGGCCGCGGUCGUCAGAAGAAGCCCGAUGCGCCGCCAAACCCACAAGACACACCUCUACCCAACCACGAGCAGGAAGACAGGGACUUGGCGCUUGCUCUCCAGCUGCAGGAGGAGGAAGAGCAGCGGCACAGGGCGGAACAGUCUGCGCGUCGAAGAGAGAGCUUGCUGAGUGAACAGUACAUUGAGCAGCAGGCGCGGUUGCAGCAAGGCCCCACGACCAGACGUUCUGCCAAUAGGCAGGCUGCACGGGCGGGCGUGGCACGUAGUACGAGCGCUUCCACCACGACGGCUUCGCUCGUCAGCCGGCGCAAUUCCAACAGCAGCUCAACGGUGCCGCCAUCGUCAGGGCGUCAACCGGGUCAGCCACCGCAGCUGGUGCGGCCACUCGUACCGCCGAUGGCGCCUGCGCGGCGGCAAGGGGUGAACAGGCCGGCGGAUGAAGGGGUCGACGAUGCGCCUCCGACGUACGAGCAAGCACAAGCGGCAGCCAAGUACGAGCCGCCGCCCGGGCAUCCUCACCAUCACGCGAGCAGCCCGACUACGGGGCGGUAUGGGAACGGGGCCGGGCCGUCAUUCCCGCUUUCGCCUCCUCGACAGAUGGUGGGUGGUGGUCGAAGCCGGGUAAUGGGGCCUGGCGGAGUGGUAGGAAGCUCUCAGGGAGGAAGGGAAAGGGAUUGCAUCGUCAUGUGA